CGCUUACGUCACUGAUGAUGCACAAAUGAUUGACAUGCAUUUUGAAGCGGUGCAAACUAAUGGGGACGACAGUCGUGCCAAAAAAGAAGCGAUUACAAGGGGAUAAUGAGAAGAUCCACUUUCAUAGUUGGAAUGAUGGACCUUUUGGAAUCGGUUUACCAACACGGAGUGAAGGCAAAUCACACACCGGUUUAAAUAUAUUUAACCUCCCUCUAACAAUGUCUUCUCCUGAAAUUGCUUCUCUUUCAUGGGGCCGGAUGACAGUGAAAGGUUGUUCCACGACAUACAAAGACUGCAAAGUGUGGCCAGGAGGCAGCCGCACGUGGGAUUGGAGAGAAACAGGAACUGAUCAUGUCUCUGGUGUCCAGCCUGCAGAUGUGGAAGAAGUCGUUCAGAAAGGUGCCAAAACAUUAGUGAUUGGCCGUGGCAUGAGUGAGGCCUUGCAGGUGCCAUCAUCCACUGUGGACUACCUUAAAAAACAUGGGAUUGACGUGCUCGUCCUGCAGACAGAGAAAGCGGUGAAAGAAUACAAUAAUCUAGCCUCCAAAGGGGUCAAAGUGGGGGGUGUCUUCCACUCCACCUGCUAGAGUAUAGGGGUAGCUCCCCCAUUUCCCACCCUCUUGUGCCUUUUGGUGGACGGGGAAAAACAGCUGCUUUUUAUUAACACAGGAGCCUUGUCUUGCCGCUUGCCUCAAUCCUUGAAAACGUUGAAGAAACAAAAACAAAUAGCAGAGGUGAAAAGUGCCAUAGCAUCAUGAAUGCAAAGGAAACGAGCAUCUGCAGAACUACGAUAUCACAAGAUUAAAAGCGGGAAGGUUCCAGAUGGGUCCUGCACCAUAUAUUCAUUCAGGAGCAUAAGAGUCGCAAUGGAAGAAUCAAUGGAAUCAUUGGAAGUUUGGUUGUGAGGGAAAUCCAGCUAGGGAGACAGAGAAGCUUGAGUUCUUUCAAACCACAUUUCAAACCUCUAUACAUGGGUACCAUCAUUUCUUCCUCUCUCAAGCCCUGGACACCCAGAAAGAAGAUGGAGGUAGUGACGAAAACACUCGCACUGUUAUUCACUUUUUCAAGAUGGUUCAUCUCACAAUUACAAGUUUUCCACUGAGGUGUCUAGGACGUGGAAGUCGUCCUAGUCUAGGAUUUGGAAGUUCCUAGCCAGAAAAAGAUGCUCCGUGCCAUCUUGGUGAGCUUCUGCUUCCACUUUCUCCUUUUCCAACAUGAGGUUGUUUUUUUAAACAUAGUGGACACGAAGAGACAGAAGCUGUUGGCAUUUUCCAUUUGGAACGUUCCACGUACUUUUUGAGCAAAUGGGAAAAGUGACUACCCAAUCUCCAGAUCCAGCUUUCAGUGACAAAAAGAGAUGGAGAAAACAGCCGAUUUGAAAGUAUAUCAAGUAGUCUUAUAUUGCAUCAGUGUAUUUUGUCCCAGUAUAAACUGCUGGCUGGCUGCCGCUGACCUCAGUUUCAGGCAGUAGUUUUCCUAAUCCCACCUGAAGAUGCAGGGUGGGGUAGGGUUUGAACCAGAAUCUUCUGCAAGCAUCUUCUACACAUCUUGCAUAUGGGCCAAGUAACAAACUCUCAAGUCCUAGGCAAAAUGUGGCUGAUUUUUUAUCUUGUGACCCCUUCAGUCUCUCUGGACUAUCCUUUCUCUGGCUGAAGCCUCCAGGAAAUGAACUUUGCAUUUUAUGUAAGUUGUGAAUACAGUGUGCCCGCGUCAUACGCGGGCGCACCAUACGCAGCCUUGAGCAUACGCGCUCAAGCCGCGGGGCGGAAGGGACGACGCGUCCCAUUCAAUUGUGUCUGUUGUGCCCCGCGCGCCGCC